UAAACACUUAUAGGGUUGUGUGGUUCUCUUAAAAGUCUAUAUAGUGUCAAGUGGAUAGUGCCGCGGUGUCGCAGCACAAAACAAUGGCAUUUGAGGACAGAUCUAGUCCUAACACGGCUACUAGUCCGCGUAACGGACAAGGUAGCGAAUCGGGGAGCGAUUUUAAUUCGCCAAAUUCGCCGGAAUCGUCCAGAACAUCGCCGUAUACGUGUAUGACGAUCUCUCAUAGCCAAGAUACCCCACAUUAUGCCCCUAGUCCUCCUCCGUCGUCGCCGCAACAUUUCGUCGUUCCAAAAAUAGAACAAACCGCCGACAGACCUUUCCUUAGAAUAACCUCUUUCGCUUUGGCCAGUCCGGAAACGAGACAAUCUCCGGUAAGCUUUCGGUCGACUUCACCGGUCGAGAGUAUCGCUUCUUCGACGUCGUCGCCACCUCCUCCCGAACCCGUCAUCCACACUCUGAAAUAUUCAAUCAGAAACAUUCUUCAGCCGGAAUUCGGGAAAUCGGCAGUACUAAAAACGAAAACCGGCCCGAGAAUUAGUUUUAAACCGUACGAAUCGGAUAAAAACAAAACACAAAGCAACAGAAAUCACCAAAAGAAGGAAGUAAAUAAUGCUCCUUUAGGGAGUUUGUGUCAAACGGUCUCGCAGAUUGGGUUCAAAACGAGCGUCGUUUCCGAAUUGAAAUCGCCAGCGGGUUCAAACAGUCCGCCGCCGAAAACAGUAACGGGAAAUUCCGACGAGGACAAAAAGGAAGGAAAAAACGUCCCUACUUUGUGGCCGGCUUGGGUCUAUUGCACGAGGUAUUCCGAUCGACCGAGCUCGGGACCGCGAUCGCGACGAAUGAAGAAAAUUCCGAAUGCGAAGAGUGAAGAAAAAAGACCAAGGACCGCGUUUUCGAGUUCCCAAUUGGCCCGGCUUAAGCAGGAGUUCAACGAAAACAAAUACCUGACCGAGAGCAGACGUCAAAAGUUGAGCGCAGAGCUCGGACUGAACGAGGCCCAGAUAAAGAUUUGGUUUCAGAAUAAAAGGGCUAAAAUAAAAAAAUCUUCCGGCCAAAAAAAUCCUCUCGCUUUACAACUAAUGGCACAAGGACUGUACAACCAUUCCACGGUUGCUUGUGACGAAGACGAUAUGCCGAUGGCAACCUAGAUCCGCAAUGAUGGAAAAAUUAUAAGUUAUAUUUAUUGAUUUUGUAUAUAUGAUGUAAAUAGCUGAAAUGAUCUCAUAAUUUAUUUUCGAUGUAAAUAGCGCUACGAAUUUCUGUAUCGAUCGUAUUUCAACACGGCUAUUUAUUCAUAUGCAUGUAUGUACCUGCUUCGCUGUUCACUAAAUCGAUUAUUCAAGAAUAGUCGUUCCAACAUUACUUUCAAAAUUUCAUAUGCUGCAGUUCCAAUUUCGACAACCAUAUCUCAAAAACUGAUCAUAGGAUUCUUUAGAACUGCACUGAAAUUUUCAUAAAAAUUAAUUAUAAGCCAUAUUCCAUAAGGAAUCCAAAGAAAAUGUAUCACUUUCCAUGUGACAACGCAGUUUGUCGCCAACGUAUGUUUUAUUGUAAAACUGUACUUUAUAGGAGAUAGAGAUUAGAGACUUAGAAGUUAGAAUACCGCUAUACCCAGCCAGUUUUAAACAUAUACAUAAUAAAUAAGCUACGUUGUUGUUUAUUAC